CUCUCCACUGACCAUGAUCACUAUGGGCCCCUGUAAAUUGCCCCUCCAACUGCAGAUCUCAAAACACCUCCACACCCCUAACUAGCUCCAUCUCCCUUAUAUCCACCCUGAUCUCUUCCACCUCUGCUCACAGUACCUGGAGCUACCUUGCUAGCUAGAUCUCUUUCUCCCUCCUCUUCUCUCACAUGUCUACCAUCUACAUGAGCCAGCUAUCUACUCUCCCUCUAAUGGAGGGAGAUCAGGAUCAAGGGCACUUUCAAGCCUUCCAUUUAGCAAAGGACCCUCCCAUCUUGUUCCCUUUCAUGAUCGAGAACCCUUCGGAGCAUCAAGGGAAAGGCUAUGGAGAUCAGCAGCACUUGAGGCAGCAAUUUUUGGGUGAAUCUAAUCAGCAGAUCAAUAAUCACAUGAUGAUGGCUGGAGGAUCUGAUGUUUUCGCCACACCUUCCCCAUACCGGCCUACUAUCCAAAGCAUCCGCAGUGAUAUGAUCCAGAGAUCCUCGUACAAUCCUUACGAUCUAGAGAGCAAGCAUGCUAUCCACGGAUCGACCAGUGAGUGGGCAUCUGGCAGGCCUCCAGUGAAGAUGAGGAUCAUUAGAAAGGCUUCGACAAACGAUCACGAAGGCGGGGUGGCGAGAAAGCCAAGGAGAAGGGCACAAGCACACCAAGCUGAUGAGAGCCAUCUGCAGCAGCAUGCCAUGGGUGUUAUCAGGGUGUGCUCAGACUGCAACACCAGCAAGACCCCCUUAUGGAGGAGUGGUCCUCGUGGCCCCAAGUCUCUAUGCAACGCGUGUGGCAUACGGCAAAGGAAGGCACGGCGCGCAAUGGCUGCAGCGGCAGCCGUUGUGGCAGCCAGCGGCGGGGCAGCAGUGACUGCUUCCCAUGGAGGCGUGGCUGCGGCUGGUGAACAGGCCACAUCGCAAGCUGCGAAGCCGAUAAAGAAGGAGAAGAGGGAUUUGGACGUGGACCGGUCGCUGCCGUUUAAGAAGCGGUGCAAGAUGGUUGAUCAUCCUACCGAUAUCGCCACCAAGGCAGUGGCCAGCUGCGUCGACGCCGCUCUGAAGGAGGAUGAUGGUCGUGUCUCGCUCGAGGACGUUCCGGCGACUGAGAGACUGAACAAGCCCAGUCCGCCGGCGACCAUCAUUCACGACUUCACACGCGACGAGAUCACCGAUGCGGCCGUGCUCCUCAUGAACCUAUCCUGCAGCGUCGUUCGGAGCUAGUGCAACUUUAUUUGCAAAUCAUCAGCUAUAUCGGUGUUGUUGUAUUUUCUUCUGUAUCUUGUGAUCUUGUUGUUUUGUGUUGUUGAGGAGAUCGGUGAGAGGAGGAAGAGAUCAGGGAGAGCGAGGGUGAUCACAUGUCUAGGGUAAUAAGCGAACAAGCUCGCUAGUAAGCAGUAACCAGGAUUUGCUAGGUGACUGCAUGGGUGAGUGAGUCUUACGAUUUCCCCUUCUUUUAUUUGCUGCAGCGGUUAGUGUAAGCCCCUGUAUAACUUGUGUUUGUUGUUUGUACCCUAGUUAUUUUUGGAGCUGAUAAAUGUGGAAAUGAUCGAUAAGGGAAAGUUACUAUGCA